UACGUCAUAUCCAGCGGACCGAUAACAAGUCCUCCUGUUAAAGAAAGAGCUAGCUGGAAAGCAACAACAGUUUAAUGUUACUCACGAAGUUAAAAUGCCGUAAUGUCGCUAGUGCUUACUACACGGACAGCGCAGUAUUACAACCACGGUUGCCGCUAAAGUAGAUAUUUUGUAGAAAUUUUACUUAGUACAAGGGAAUGAGCGACACUCAUCGAGGAAGUAGCCCAGCUGGCUAGCGAAAAAGUAGCUAGCUAGGUUGCUAGCUGUCGUUAGCAAGGGAGUUCUUUGUUUUGUUUUUCAGGUGGAGGUCCGUGUAAACAUGAAGAGAAACUAACGUGGACAUUUGCUUACACAUGUAACGUUUGUGUAAGACUUCAACAGCUAUGCUUAUGGUACCUUUGGCAGAAGACAGCUGCAUUAUAAAUUAAUAAUAUUGUGGAAUAUCAGUGAAAUACUAGUAACUAGCAUCUGAGAGCAACUUUAGCAGCAAGGAUCUAAUUUUUCAUCGUUAGCCACUGGUGAAAGAUAAAUAUGGGCAACUGUCUGAAGUCUCCGACAUCAGACGACAUUUCUCUGCUUCAUGAAUCCCAGUCAGACAGGGCAAGUUUUGGCGACGGGAUAGAUCCGGAUCUGGAGCCACCUCCGCCGUAUCAGGAGCAGGCUCACAUGCCCAUGUACCAUCCCACGCCUAGUCAGGCCCGUCUAGCCACCCAGCUGACAGAGGAGGAGCAGAUCCGCAUAGCUCAGCGCAUUGGCCUCAUCCAGCACCUCCCUAAGGGCGUUUAUGAUGGAGGGCAAGAUGGCUCAGAAAAAAAGAUCAGAGAAUGCGUGAUUUGUAUGCUGGACUUUGUAUAUGGGGACCCCAUCCGGUUCCUGCCCUGUAUGCACAUCUACCACAUGGACUGUAUAGACGACUGGCUGAUGAGAUCCUUCACCUGCCCCUCCUGCAUGGAGCCUGUGGAUGCUGCCCUGCUCUCCACCUACGAGACCAACUGAUUUUUCCACCCUAACCCCCCCACCUGUUAGAACACAGUAACUGCCCUCUUACAUUACGAAAGGAGUUGAAAAUUACCUUCGCUGUUGUCUUGCACUUUCAAAAGUUGUUCACCCAAUGUUGGCCUUCUCUACCCCACAAAGUCAUAGUCAGAGUCUGCAAACAUGAGCAUAUAUAAGCCAGUCUUGCUUAUAAAUUACACAAAUCAGUAAGAAACUGCUUCCAGACAACCCCGCAUGAUUGUCAUAGUGUGUGUUUGUCUUUCUGAAGCAGCAUCCAGUGUUGCCGCUGUUGUGAGCACAUGGACUUUGUGUCUGUGAAUGUGUGUUUGUGUUGGGGGAGGCUGUUUGGUCUGUGAUGAUUGUCCACUUGAGCUGGUCUCAGUGGUGUUUCUUCUCAAAUGAUCCCAUUUCACUUUCAUUCCCAAUCAGAUGGCAUUCAGAUAGACAAGAUUAACAAAUUAUUGCCUAAAAUACUAAAUGUUGCUAAAAAAAAAAAAAUGUGCUGGAAUUAUUUGCAGCAUCCUUUGGCAACAGCAGUCAGAAACUUCCUUAAUGUUUGAAUCUCCUAGCACGCUGUUUUUUUUUUGUUUUUUUUUUUAAAGGCCCUACUCUUAGGAGAUGUAGUAACACACAACUUAAGUUUACUUUUUUGUUGUUUGACAAUAGAGAAGAAACGGAACUCUUCAUUCAUAGCAGUCAGGAUUACAAAGAAAUUAUGCACACACAGUACAAAAAUUAUCCAAAGUUUAUUAAGUACCAGUAUACUUAAUGGAAAAUAAAGUUUCACAUACUUGUCUUAGGUCACUCUGAAAGGCCAGAUGUUUAAAAUGCUUCGAACAGAAGGGAAAAAACAAGGCUGUGCAACAUGAAUGUUUUACUAGAAGGUGUGUAAAGUCAGCCAGUGUAAAGGGCUCAAAUGUGCAUGAGCAGGUGGAUCAGUCAAACAUUAGAAUGCUUGCACACACUUCAUCUGAUCCAGAGAUUUGCACUUUACUUAUAGGACAGUAUCUUAAACAAUAUAUUAAUAUAUGUACCUUGUAACCUUGCACUAUCAAUAUUUAAUUCCUUUAUCUCCUGAGAUGCAAAAGUUAUACAGCCGAUAAAGACAUUUUCAAAGCUGUCAGUAGUCACUUAUCACAUUGAAGUAAGCCUGAAGAUCUAUUCCAUGAAAUCUGUGAUUCAGUGGUGUGAGCCUCUGCUUUGUUCUGCUCUAUUU